AUGUUCUGUAAGAUCUACGCGUGGGAUGUGGUCAAUGAGGUGCUCAAUGAGGACGGGUCGGGCAAUAAGCUGAGGGACAGUCUAUUCUCCAAAACCUUGGGCACGGGUUUUAUUGAAGAGGCUUUCCGUACGGCACAUGCGGCCGACCCUAAGGCCAAGCUAUACAUCAAUGACUACGGCAUCGAAGGCAAGAACAGGAAAUCUGAUGCCUUAUACGAGUUGGUGAAGGGCUGGAAGGCUAAGGGUGUGCCCAUACAUGGGGUGGGUAUUCAGGCUCACUUCAAAGAGGGUAACGUUCCCAAGACCUUACAAGAGAAUCUCAAACGGUUUUCCGAUUUGGAACUGGAUGUGGCCAUCACUGAGCUUCAAGUUAGGUAUCUGAUGCCGGGAUCAGAUGAUAAGAUUGCAAAUCAGGCCCAGGAUUAUAGUCAUGCUUUUAGCGCCUGUGAGAAAGUGGACAGGUGUGUUGGGGUUACCGUUUGGGGGUUUACGGAUAAAUACUCGUUUUUCUUCGACACGGGUUAUGGGGAACAGCAGUUGUGGACAAAGGAUUUUAAGCCCAAACCCGCCGUAGAAGCCGUCCGUAAAGUUUUGAAAUGA